GUUAUAAUUUUGGAUAUAGAAAUAGUUAUACUUGUCAUUGUUUAUAUAAUAAAAGAUGUGAUGCUGUAACUAGUGUUUGUUGUAACGAAUGUUAUAAUGUUAUAUUUACAGGUUAUAAUUUUGGAUAUAGAAAUAGUUAUACCUGUCAUUGUUUAUAUAAUGAAAGAUGUGAUGCUGUAACUAGUGUUUGUUGUAACGAAUGUUAUAAUGUUAUAUUUACAGGUUAUAAUUUUGGAUAUAGAAAUAGUUAUACCUGUCAUUGUUUAUAUAAUGAAAGAUGUGAUACUGUAACUAGUGUUUGUUGUAACGAAUGUUAUAAUGUUAUAUUUACAGGUUAUAAUUUUGGACAUAGAAAUAGUUAUACCUGUCAUUGUUUAUAUAAUGAAAGAUGUGAUGCUAUAACUGGUUUUUGCAAUAGUGGUUGUUUGAGAGGCUGGGGUGGACCUUCUUGUCAACAAGAGAAUAUAGCUUUAGAUACUAGGUAUGUCUUUCAAAGUGGUAUAUUUAAAAAUGACAGAAGUCAAUAUGGUCCUGAACUAGUAGUAGAUGGAUAUACUGAUACAAAUAGAGAUACACAUUACUGUAGUGAUACUGAUUAUUCACCUUGGGCUUGGUGGUAUAUAGAUUUACAACACCAGUAUUUUUUAAAGACGUUUCAUAGAGAUGACAAAUUAGAAUAUUUAAAAGGAUUUUCUGUUUAUAUUGAUAAUGAAUUAUGUUUUCAACAUCCUGGUACAUCAAACCCUCCUGCUGUAUAUCCAAUAGAAUGUAAUAGAUCUAUAACUGGUCGUUAUGUUAAUAUCAGUAAUAAUAAACCUGAUGAACCACGUCACUUUUUAACUUUAUGUGAAGUUGAAAUUUACGGAGGAGUUCCCACGCAUUUUGCAUAA